UUUCUCGUGGAAAUUGUAUUGUACGUGAAUAUGAUCGACUUGUUGGAGAAACGUUGUUACCAGAUUUAGCUGCCAAUGAUAAAUAUGAAUUUUCGGUUGGACAAGAUGCAGAUGUUGUUUAUAAAGAGAAUAUUACACUUGUAUCUUCACGUGCGUUCAAUGAAACAUUACGGUCGGGAGGUAAAGAAGUCGAAGAACGAACACAAUCGAGCCAUACAGUCAGUCUAUUAUUGAAGAAUUUCAAGAAAAAUCGUUCAGUGAAAGUUGAAUAUCGACAAGAAGUGUACGCUCGAUCAGUGAAAUUAACAAGUAAUGGCAAUGGCGGGUUUGUACAAGACGGUUCAACUAUCAAAGCAUUAAUAAUAUUGCUUGCUAAUGAAGAAAAAGUGUUCUCAUAUCAACUUGAAACUAUUAAUUAA